CAUUUUUCAAUUGCAGAAACCCAGGCGCAGGCGCAGAGAGAGAGAGAGAGAGAGAGAGAGAGUCACAAACUUCGUCGCCAAAGAGCAUAAUCAUUAUUUCUCACAAUUUGAAGAUGAGCAGGAGAAACCCUAAGCGAUUCUUCAGUCCUUCGCUUUCCCCCGUCUACGACAACUAGUCAAAAACCCUAAGUUCUUUCUUUCUUUAUCUGUCUGUCGCUAUCUGCCUAUCCUUCUGCCAGUAUAAAUCAAAGCAAUCCGUGCCCCACUUUUAAAGCACCAAAAUUUGCAUUUAUUUCUCCCUCUCUCUAUAUGUAUAUUUAAAAAUUACAUGUAUUAAAGGUUUAUCCAGCCUUGUUUAUAUUUUUACUGUUAGAUUGUCUUCGUUGUUUCUUCUGUUUUUAUUGCCUCUCUUGGGUAUGGAAGGACCUCAGGGGCCUCAUAAUCCUCGAUCGGUUGAAGAAGUCUUUAAGGAUUUCAGAGGAAGGCGCGCCGGGAUGAUCAAGGCUCUCACCACUGAUGUCGAGAAAUUCUUUCAACAAUGUGAUCCUGAGAAGGAGAACCUAUGUCUGUAUGGGCUUCCAAAUGAAAAUUGGGAAGUCGCAUUGCCUGCUGAGGAGGUUCCUCCUGAACUUCCUGAGCCAGCAUUGGGAAUAAACUUUGCUAGAGAUGGGAUGCAAGAGAAGGACUGGUUAUCAUUGGUUGCAGUUCACAGUGAUGCAUGGUUACUUGCUGUUGCAUUCUAUUUUGGAGCACGCUUUGGCUUUGACAAAAAUGAUAGGAAGAGGCUCUUCCAGAUGAUAAAUGAUCUGCCAACCAUAUUUGAAGUUGUGACUGGCAUUGCUAAAAAGCAAGCGAGGGACAAAUCAGCUGCCAUCCCUAUCAGCAGCAGCAAAAGCAAGUCAAUUGGGAAGAUGCAACCCCAGCAAUCUGAAGCUCAGACAAAGGGAUCAAAGAUGGUUCCACCCCCAAAAGAUGAGGACGAUAGCAUAGGAGAAGAUGACGAUGAACAGGGGGCAACGCUUUGUGGAGCAUGUGGAGAUAACUAUGGCAAUGAUGAAUUUUGGAUCUGUUGCGAUGUUUGUGAGAGAUGGUUCCAUGGCAAAUGUGUAAAAAUCACUCCUGCGAGGGCUGAGCACAUCAAGCAAUACAAAUGUCCAGCAUGUAGCAACAAGAGGGCAAGAGUGUAAGGGUGUCUGUUUGAAGAUUUAAAACAUCAAACAGGCGUAGGUACAGGGACUGUUACAAAGCAGCAGCAGGCAAGUUAAUUGACUUACAGGAAUUCAUGAAUGACUCGCUCUGGUUGCAAUUUUAGAUUUCAGACUAGCUAUCUUUCCUGUUUUGCUCCAAUUUAUGGGAAUUGUGUUAGUGUUGCAAAGCAACUAGUUCGAUUUUAAAGGUUGAUAUUAUUCUU